GCAGACGUAACGGUACUGCUCCUCUGUGAAUAUUCCCGUCGCACGCGGUCUCAUCUAUAACACAGACAAACAAAAUUUAUUACAAAUUUUUUAAGAAUUAAUUUACUGGCGUUGGUAAAACAGUUUUUGCGCCGGUAAAACAGACUUUGAAAAAUAUUUUUUGAGGUUAGUGAUUUUCUUUGGAAUAAAUCGGGCUAAGGUGUACAGAGAAAGUAAAAUUUAUUGGAGGAAACUCUGCAAGUUGGUAUAUUGUUGGCUUCGCGCCAGAUUGAAUGCGCCAGUGCACAAAAUAGUAACUGAAGUUAUUCUUUAUUUUUUUUGGUUUCGGUCUUUGAAUGUCUUCAUGACUUGCGACUGUAAAUUAUGCCGAGUUCUUAUUUUAAAAUUUGAAAUUUGUUUUAUCAUAAAUCUGUUUUAUCGAUUUUUUCGUCAGUGAACUAAUAAAAUUUGUGCAGUUUUAAGUGAAGGUCAAAAAAUUGUAUUUUUUACUAAAAAGGAUUUUUAUAACUCAAAAAUGUCUCAAGUAAGAACAUCACGUCCAACUUCACCACCGAUUUCUCAAUCGAAACGACCAAUUAUAAUCUACCCUACGGUUUCACCUGAAAGUAUUAUUGUGCCAAUAAUCUCAUGUAUUUUGGGAUUUCCACUACUAGCAUUACUAGUUAUUUGUUGUCUGAGAAGACGAGCUAAGCUGGCCCGCGAACGCGCGAGAAGAAGAAACUGCGACCUAGACCACGGAGCUCUGAACCUUGUGCGCUUCAGUCCAAUUCACAGACUAGCGGGAGUAGAAAAACCACCGCGAGCAGUUUCUUUGAAAAGCGACCGCCCUUUGAGGACGAUCCCGGCCUUGGACCUGGACACUGUCGUCGAGGAACGUUCAGACGCUGAGCAGACGACAUCUGCACUCGAGAUCAGUAGUCCUGACUAACAUUUAGCCCCGGUGGCGUCAAAGUCACCACGAGGUUCUAAAGUACUGGCAGAGCCACCAGUGUUGGAUCCGAGUCCACUUUGGACGGCACUUACCCACGGAAACUCGAUGACGAGCGUCGAUAAUGAAGAAACCUAACAGGAAAAUAACGAGGACGCCGGUAGUUUUAUCGGCGCUCUCGUUCUUGAAUUACCGAUAAUUUACUGACAUACAGCCGAUUGUCAUAUUCAAAUAAUUCCCCCCACUCCUUAGCCCAGAGAAAAUUGAAAUUUUUUUUCAAAACUAAUUUUUAAAAAUAAAAAAUAACUCCC